CUUCCUCACCAUGUGAUGUCUUGUGCCCCCUUGGGACACCGAAGAGAGUUCCCACCAGCAAGAAAGUUCUUAUGGGCUUCCCGGCCUCCACACUGUAAGAAAUGAAUUCCUUGUCUUUAUAACCUACCCUGUUUCAGGCAUUCUGUUAUAAGCAAAAGAAAAUGAAUGAAGACAGAAAACUGGUACCAAGAAGUGGGAUUUUGCUGAUGACGAAUACCUGAAAAUGGGGAAGCAGCUUUGGAACUAGUGAUUUUCAGUGAAACUUCAGAGGGCAAAGGGAAAUUUUCCUUGGCCCCUCCAGUUUUGGUGCUGUGAAAACUGGUUCUGGUCUUCUGGAAGCUGCAAUGAAGGGAACAGAGGAUCUGACAAGCCAGCAGAAGGCUUGAAUCAUUCCCCAGAAGUCUGUGGAGUUUGACUAUCUGGUGAUGGAUCCUGGUGACUGUUGGCUCAGUGACCUUCCUGAUGAUGGACUCUCGGAAAAGACUCUCCAGUGCUGAGCCAUCGAGAAGUCUAGAAGAGUCUAACGUGAAGACAUUUUGCUCCACGAAUAUCCUAGCCAUCCUUGGCUUCGCCUCUAUCAUAGCUGUGAUAGCUUUGCUUGCUGUAGGGCUGACUCAGAACAAAGCAUUGCCAGAAAAUGUUAAGUAUGGGAUUGUGCUGGAUGCAGGUUCUUCUCACACAAGUUUAUACAUCUAUAAGUGGCCAGCAGAAAAGGAGAAUGACACAGGGGUGGUGCAUCAAGUAGAAGAAUGCAGGGUUAAAGGUCCUGGAAUCUCAAAAUAUGUUCAGAAAGUAAAUGAAAUUGGCAUGUACCUGACUGAAUGCAUGGAAAGAGCUAGGGAAGUGAUUCCAAGGUCCCAACACCAAGAGACACCCGUUUACCUGGGAGCCACGGCAGGCAUGCGGUUGCUCAGGAUGGAAAGUGAAGAGUUGGCGGACAGGGUCCUGGGUAUGGUAGAGAGGAGCCUCAGCAACUACCCUUUUGACUUCCAGGGUGCCAGAAUCAUUACUGGCCAAGAGGAAGGUGCUUAUGGCUGGAUUACUAUCAACUAUUUGCUGGGCAAAUUCAGUCAGAAACGGAGAUGGUUCAGCAUAAUCCCAUAUAAAACUGAUAAUCAGAAAACCUUUGGAGCUUUGGACCUUGGGGGAGCCUCUACACAAAUCACUUUUGUACCCCAAAACCAGACUAUUGAGUCCACAGAUAAUGCUCUGCAAUUUCGCCUGUAUGGCAAGGACUACAAUAUCUACACACAUAGCUUCUUGUGCUAUGGGAAGGAUCAGGCACUCUGGCAGAAACUGGCCAAGGACAUUCAGGUUGCAAGUAAUGAAAUUCUCAGGGACCCAUGCUUUCAUCCUGGAUAUAAGAAGGUAGUGAAUGUGAGUGACCUUUACAAGACCCCCUGCACCAAAAGAUUUGAGAUGACUCUUCCAUUCCAGCAGUUUGAAAUCCAGGGUACUGGAAACUAUCAACAGUGCCAUCAAAGCAUCCUGGAGCUCUUCAACACCACUUACUGCCCUUACUCCCAAUGUGCCUUUAAUGGGAUUUUCUUGCCACCACUCCAGGGGGAUUUUGGGGCAUUUUCAGCUUUUUACUUUGUGAUGAAUUUUUUAAACUUCACAUCAGAGAAAGUCUCUCAGGCAAAGGUGACUGAGAUGAUGAAAAAGUUCUGCUCACAGCCUUGGGAGGAGAUAAAAACAUCUUUCACUGGAGUAAAGGAGAAGUACCUGAGUGAAUACUGCUUUUCUGGUACCUACAUCCUCUCCCUCCUUCUGCAAGGCUAUCAUUUCACGGCUGAUUCCUGGGAGCACAUCCAUUUCAUUGGCAAGUUAUCAGAAGAGAUGGAUCACGUUACAGCUGAAGAAAUUAGAGACAAGCAUCUUCAAAAAGAUUUAGAUGCAGAAGAAAAUCAAAAUGUAGUAAAGACGUUGAGAGGCAAAGUGAGAGAAAAGCAAAAAAAUUCUAAGAUUAACAAAGAUGAAAAAUCUUCAACUGAGCAGCUCAUUGAUAGCAAAAUAUAUCAAAGAACCAAGACUGAAGUCUCAUUGGAUGAAAGCCUUUCAUUUUUCAUUCUGAGUGGUGAAGAACGUUCAGCUUUGGAUAAAUCUUCAGAGCAGAGACCAGUAAAUCAUAGUUAUCCCAAAUGCUUUUCACUUGGUGGUGAUUUACAAAAUGUUGAUGAGAGUGAAGAUGGAGAGUUUAUGAAAGAAUUCAUUUUGACAGAUUUAGUCAAAGUAAAAGCUGCUGAAUAUGAAGAUGAUCAAGAACAAAUUAAAAAACAGAAGGCAAAUAUUUUUGUACCAAGUAGUUCUCCAGUGGUCAACCAGCGCAAACUGCCAAAAGAUAUGAUGCCACGUAUUUUAGAAGAUGAAGGAUUCUAUAUUCAGAGAAAGCCAGAAAUACGUAAAAAGACCUGCAACAAAAUGGAAAAUCGCCUGCUUAAACUAGAAGAGGGAAAGCGUUGGUUUGGAGAAAGUGGAGAAAUACUGUCAUUGCCUACACCUAUUAAACAGUCAUGGAAUUUCAGACUAAACAUAAGGAAGGAAUCUUUAAAUCCAUUACUUAAGACCAUAUACAGAAAGGCAGUAAAAUGUGACCUGGGAAGCUCAUUUAUGAACAAAAUAGAAGGCCCAAGGGAAAUAUACCAAUUAGACCUCAAUAUUGUGGGUUUGCAAUUCAGCCAUCAUCAUCUCUUCAAUCAAGAACAGGUAUUAUGUGCUAGGCUGCUCCAUCUUUAUGAAUGUUUUCAGGACAGGCAGCAACAGAAUGUUUCUCAGCUACUUUAUGAGAAGCUGAAAGCACUGACGGAUGCUACCAAAUUAUCAAAUGAAAAUUCAGAAAUAAACCAGCUGACCAGGAAAUCUUUACAAGAUUAUAAUUGGCAAAUAAGUAAUACAAAACAGCUCUAUGACUUAGAAAGGGGAAAGGACCUCUCCCUACUACGCAGUAUAUUACGAACUUGGAAACAGAUUAAAUCUCUUCGACAGCACCAAGGGUUUACGAGCACCCCAAUAAAGUUACAGGUUCAGAGGAUAAAAAUAAAUAAAUGUGAUGAACAAGAACAAAUCUCAGAAAUGUCUGAAACUGAAAAGAAAACUGAAGGAAAAGAACUUAAGAAUGGGAAAAAACAAGAGAGCCUCUCAUAUCUAGCUUCAGAUGAAACAGAAAUUGAAAGAAUGAAGCCAAUUACCUUGAGGCCACAACUUUCUUUCACUGCAGAAUUAACAAGCUUAUCCAAGUGUUCAUUGCAUGAACAAAAGAGGAGAGCCAAAAUUCAAAAGCUCAAAUACUUUAUUAAAAUAUUCUACAACAAUAAACAGGUUUCUUGUACUUCAAUAUCUACCCUACAGUUGGAUUUUAAAGUCACGUUUCAGCAAAUUUUCAAUAUUCAGUUAAUAUACUGGCCUGAAGUGAUUUGCUUGGAGGUUUAUGAAAAAAGUAAAAGGACAAGCUUACUGGCCAAACUAUAUUUACCUUUACCUAACUACACAGAGGUGAAAGGUAAAAACAUUUUGGAAUAUGUAGAGUUUAGCUCUCAUAAGCUGGUUAUGCCUGCCGAUGGAGAAGUAGGAAGCAAUGUGCCUUUUCUUCUUGAGGGAAAUGGAACUGAAGAACUCUGUCUUUUGACAUCAGGAAAACUUAGCUAUUCUCUAUCAUGGAGCUUAGAUAAAAAUGGUAUUCCUCUGAAACCUCUGAAAUCACAGUCAUUAAGGUCUGCUUACUGCAGUAUGUUAAGGAAUGUAGAUGCAAGAGGUGUUCCUGGAAUUCCAUGGCUCAUUAAUGAACAGAAGCUUUUUGAAUGGGCAAAUGAAGUCAGAAUUGAUCCAAAUAAUCCAGAAUAUUCUGAUUUAAUGGAAUUUGUUAUGUACAUGAGCCUCAAGGGGCAGGAUAUUCCAAAGUAUUUCCGUCUUGAACAGUUGCAAAAUGAAUUUAACUUUGUUUCAGAAGAGGAAAUGGAAAAGAGUAAACGUUUCCAGCUAUUGCAACUUAGAAAUGCAGGUCAAUUAGAUAAUUUCCUUCUACAGCAAAUGCCCCUCCAUGAUACAGAGAUUCCAGAUUUAGUCUUCCAGGAGUAUGAAAGUCAGAAAGAGAAGGAGGUAUCCAUUUCAGAUGUAAAUUCUAUUAUAGCACAAAGGAUUAAUUCUGCCAAUUUUCUGAAAAAGGUGAGAAGGUUGAUAAUGAAGAGAACUGUUAAAAUUACCAAAUACAACUUGUCAGAUAUUGUGACUGAUUAUGAAAAAAUUAUAUCUACAAGCCAAUUGACAGAUGCAGUUUUUAAGUUUGUUGAACCACGGAGAAAGUUAAAACCUCAGAGGAAAGAAAGGAAACAAGUCACAGCACAGACGAUCUCUGAUGGAGAUAUUAAGAUUCUUGUUCGAAUAGUGAGGGCCUAUAAUAUUCCUAUGAGAAAAACAGCAAUUAAUAGAGCCUUGGAUAUGUCUACUCAUUUGAAAUCAUCCAUAUCUUUCCUCAAACAUAAAGAAACAAUCAAAUCAGUAGCCUCAGAAGAGAUCUUACGUGAGUCUGUGUUUCAGGAUACUGUAUAUCCAUUUGUGGAAGUUUCUUUCCAGCACACUGUAUACCAAACCAGUACAGCAAGUGGAUCUCAUCCAUGCUGGAAUGAAGAAAUUAAAGUAGACUUUCUCUCACCAGGACAUGAUUAUAGCUUCUCAAGCUUAUCUAAAAUAAAAGAUAAUAUAUAUAUCAACAUUUUUGAUGAAAUGAUGAUUGAAAAACAUGAGGAUCACUGUCUCAAGAGCUGUAGUGUUCACUCAUAUAUAAGAAAGAAUUGGCUUGGAUCCAUUGUCUUCCCUUUUUCUGCUCUUCUGCAACAGUCUGAGAUUAGUGGAACAUUUCAAGUAACUAUUCCACCAGUUUUGCUUGGGUAUACUUGGAAUAAUACUUACGUAUUUCCUAGAGAAGAUUCCAAUGAACAGAAUUUAAAAGAAUGUACAUUCUUAAAUAUUUUUGCUACCAUUGAACCUCAAAUAUCAUAUGUCACCUAUAAUCCAACACUAGAUAAGUUUUUAGAUCAAACAGAGGUCUUGCAGAGAGCACAGAUUUUUAAAAAGAAUUGUAAGGCAAUCUUUCCCAACCGAAGAAUCGUAACUACUGUUUUUAAUGAUGAAGGGAUACAGUUCUUAGUCACAAGAUAUAUCAAGGCAUUAAAUCCACCUCAGCAACUUCUGGAUAUAUUUCUUCACGAUUCUAAUGCAACACUUGACCUCAUUGCUCGAUUUGUAUCUUUGAUUCCUUUUAUGCCUGAUACACCAGAGGAAAAUGAUGGUUCUGAUAUAUGGAUGACAUCCGAGCACUGCAUCAGUUUGGCUAUUGGAAAUAAGGAGGAGCAUGCCGUCCUUCUCUGUAAUUUCUUUCUGUAUUUUGGAAAGAAGGCACUGGUCCUCUUGGGAACCUCAGGGUUAGAAGGACAUGUGGCUUAUGUAUUAACUCAAGAAACUAAUGAAUAUUUGCUUUGGAAUCCAUCAACUGGCCAAUGUUAUAAGCAGUUUGACCCAUUUUGUCCCUUAAAAAGUGUAGAUUGUUUGUUUGAUGAUAGAAAUGUCUGGUUUAAUAUUCAACAAAGUAAUAUACCAAUGGCUGUAUUGUUUGACUACUCAAAGGAAAGUUUCUGGAAGCCAUUGCUUCCAAAAAAUGUUCAAGGGACAAAAGUACAAAGCAUACAGCCUGAAGAAAUAAUUUAUUCUGAAACUGAUAAAAGCAUGGUAGAAGAUCUAAGGAAUAGGAUCGAAAGGACUCUGAAGAAUAAAGUGAUGGAAUGGCGACCUAAAUGCCCAACACGUUGGAAUCGACAGUGUACUUUGAUUUUGCGACACAUCCUUCCUAAGCUGGAACUUGGCAGAGGAAGCUUUGUUUCAUCUGAAGGAGAUAAUGAAUUUGACAGAAUACUACAAUUUUAUUGGGUCACAGGAUUUCCCAUCCGGAUGCCAUACACUGAUGUACAGUCAGUUAUUGAUGCUGUUUAUCAAACUGGAAUUCACUCUGCUGAAUUUCCCCAGACAGAAUUUGCUAUAGCUGUAUACAUUCACCCAUACCCAAACAACAUAUUAUCUGUGUGGGUCUAUUUGGCUUCCUUAGUUCAUCAUCAGUGAAAAGGAAGUAGAGCAAAGUAAAAGAUUGUAUUGUGGGCCUCUAGUACCAACAAAAACUUUUCUGGUACCUUGAGAUUUUGCUGUUUAUUCUCAAGUCCAGCCAAGUGCUGGGUCCAAUUUUUUAUUCACUUACAGAAUUAGGCACUAUGGAGACUCGGACCCCUGAGUGAGUCUUUGAGGAGGAGUCUAGAUGAACUUCUCACCAGAAACUUCACCUUCUCAUCAGAAAAGAAGGACCUUUGAGUAGUCUGGCUGUCUUAGGUCACUGUCUGCAGUAGGUCUCAUUCUGGGAAAUAAGCAGUUUUGGCCUCUUCUCCUAAGACCAAUGUUUCUCAAAUUGUAGAACUCAUACCACCUCUGUCAGAAUCAUCUGGAGAGCUUUGUUGAAAAUGUAGAUUACUAGAUCCUACUCAAGACAGACUGAAUCAGCACCUCUGGGAGUGAAGCUACAGAACCUGCAUUAUUUUCAGCAAACUCCCCAGAUAAUUAUGAUGCACUGAGAUGAAGCAGAACCCAGCUUUAAAGAAUGUUGUCAUUGCUAAACUAAAGCUAACACAUUUGAUGCUGGUUCUGAUACAAUUCAAGAUGGAAACUGCUCAAGCGGAAAACUAAGGUCAUUGCCUCUCAUGGAUAAAACGUUAUUUCACUGGUAAGAAGAAAAAAAGAAAAUCCAC